GAUCUCUCGCUGUCAUUCGGCCACGGUCGGUUUCAGGAUAGAGGGGCAGCCCGAAGAAGCACACAGGAAUCGGCUGGCUCUGUAGGAAAGACAUUUAGCGAAAAUAUACCGAAAAUCAAACGAACAAUGAAACCGAUCGAAUAAGGCUUGUGAAAGAACAGCGGCCGGAUAUAUUUCACUUAUUGCCACGUUAACAAAGCUCUUUGAUUACACCGUCCAGAUUAGAAGCAGCAGAUAGAGAGCUGUGUCAUUGAGCAGGCAGGACACGUCAGGAGAAGGGAGAAAAAAGCUGACCAACUGCACUGUACGAGCCAGCUCUCAAAUCGCCUCUGUAAAGCUUUGUCUGACGCACUCAUCUUUUCAAGGACACCUUGCUCUCAAACCGGGGAAAGGAUCUCGACAAAGACAUCGCCGAGGUCGUAGGUGAGGAUCAGAAGGACCAAACGAUCACGGGAUAGCAUUUGUGUGUGGGGGCAGAAAACAAAUGGGGGAUUACGGGUUUGGAGUCCUAGUUCAAAACAACACUGGCAACAAGUCUGCAUUCCCGGUCCGAAUCCACCCGCAUCUGCAGCCCCCACACCACCACCAAAAUGUGUCGCAGAGCCCUGCCGCUUUCAUAAACAGCACCACAGCCACAGGGAAUGGCACCACGGGAGGCUCUCCCUGGCUCUUCCCUGCCUCUGCCACCCACAACAGCGUGCAAGACGAAAUCCUGGGGGGGGCAGAGAAGCCCAAAGCACAGCAGCAACAGGAAAUGCAAGAAACGCAAGAAAAGCAGCAGCAGUUGUCCCCUGGGAGUCACCAGGAGGGUGGGAGUGGUGGUGGGAUCAUUUCAGAACUGGAAAAAGCCCGAUCAGAUGAAGCCAAGACAGACAACGGCACGUCUGAAGGAAGUAACGGAAAAGAGAAGCAGUUACGCCUUGAGUCUCCUGUCUUGACAGGCUUUGAUUACCAGGAGACGUCUGGUCUUGGAGGAACUGGCCAGGUCCAAUCCAGUACAAACUCGUCAUCACUUACUGGCUUCAACAACUGGUCAGCUGCCAUUCCGCCAGCGCCAUCAACCAUCAUCAAUGAGGACGUCAGCUUCUUCAACGCGGCCUCAGCCAACAAUGGGCCCCUGCUGUUCCAGAACUUCUCACACCAUGUCAGUCCAGGGUUUGGCGGGAACUUCUCCCCCCAGAUUGGACCGGCGGCCGCCUUGUCCCAGCACCACCCGGCUCCCCCACCACACCCCCACUUCCAACAUCCCCACAACCAGCACCAGCAGCAUCGGCGCUCCCCGGCCUCACCACACCCUCCACCGCCCUUUCCGCACAGGAAUCCGGCUUUCAGCCAGUUGCCGCAUUUGUCCAACAGCCUGAACAAACCCCCGUCCCCUUGGGGUCCAGCCAGCUACCAGAGCCCCUCUCCCUCCCCUGGCUCCUCCACCUCGUGGAGUCCCGGAGGAGGCUAUGGUAGUGGUGGCGGUGGCUGGGGAGGGUCUCAGGGCAGAGAUUAUCGCCGAGGGCUGAAUGGCGGGAUGACCCCCAUUAACUCUAUCUCUCCACUGAAGAAGACCUUCCCUAACAACCAUGUGGCAUCCCAGAAGUACCCUCGAAACAGUCCCGCAGGCUUCAACCCCAAGUCCUGGAUGGAUGAUGGAGUUGGCCGCAGUGAUAACAUCUUCCCCUUUCAGGAACGCACCAGGUCAUUUGACAGCUUCAACAUGAACACACUGGAGAGCUCCCUGAUCGACAUCAUGAGGGCCGAGCAGGACACCCUGAAAGGUCGUCUGGGGUUCCCCCAUCCAGGAGGAGACAAUCCUCUGCCCCUCAAUGCCAGGAAUUAUAGCAGGAGACGAGGCCACUCCUCUCUCUUCCCCAUGGAGGAUGGUUUCCCUGACGAUGAGCGCGGCGAUCAGGGUCUUGCAGGCCUGGGCUCUCCACACUGCUUUCCACACCAGAAUGGAGAGCGGGUCGAACGCUACUCACGUAAGGUCUUCGUGGGAGGUCUGCCCCCGGACAUAGAUGAAGAUGAGAUAACAGCCAGUUUCCGGCGUUUUGGACACUUGUUUGUGGACUGGCCUCACAAAGCAGAGAGCAAAUCCUAUUUUCCACCCAAAGGCUAUGCCUUCCUGCUGUUUCAAGAUGAGAGCUCAGUGCAGGCUUUGAUCGAUGCCUGCAUCGAAGAGGAUGGCAAGCUGUACCUCUGUGUGUCCAGCCCCACCAUCAAAGACAAGCCGGUUCAGAUCCGGCCCUGGAACUUGAACGACAGCGAUUUUGUGAUGGAUGGAUCUCAGCCUCUGGACCCAAGGAAAACCAUCUUUGUGGGAGGUGUCCCACGUCCGCUCCGUGCAGUGGAGCUGGCCAUGAUCAUGGAUCGCCUGUAUGGUGGAGUUUGCUACGCUGGCAUCGACACAGACCCUGAGCUGAAGUACCCCAAGGGAGCAGGGCGGGUCGCUUUCUCUAAUCAGCAGAGCUACAUUGCUGCUAUCAGUGCUCGCUUUGUACAGCUGCAGCAUGGAGAAAUCGAUAAACGAGUGGAAGUGAAGCCAUACGUGCUGGAUGACCAGCUGUGCGAUGAGUGCCAGGGAACUCGCUGCGGCGGGAAGUUUGCACCAUUCUUUUGCGCCAACGUCACCUGUCUGCAGUACUACUGCGAGUACUGCUGGGCGGCAAUCCACUCACGUGCCGGACGAGAGUUUCACAAACCCCUGGUGAAGGAAGGAGGCGACCGACCCCGACAUAUCUCCUUCCGCUGGAACUGAGCGGACGACAGAGAGGGAGAGGCAACAGGGGAACAGGAGGCCAGGUAGUGCAGGAGUCGCAAAUCAUUGUACAAAUAAAUGCACUUUUCUGUUGCUGGUUCCUUUUUGCUCUAAUUUCGCUGAACCUUUUUCUCAUUUUUUUUUAAGUUAAUAUAUAUAUAAUAUAUAUAUAUUUUGAAGAUAGAAAAGAAAAACUGGAAUUAUAUCCAAAUAUGUCCAGCAAGGAAAAAAGAUGUAACAUAAUUUUAUUUAUGCGUUUGAUUUUUUAAAUAUUUUUAUUAGUUGUCAAAAAAAAAUUAUAUAUAUAGGAAUGUUUGAGGUGUGAUAUGGUACUCUGCUAUUCAAUUAGCCUUUGUUUUCUAAACAACAAUUUGAUUUUAAUUUUGAUACAAGAGGCCCCAAAACAAUACACUUCAUUUGAGAUUUGAUUGACUUCUUUUGUAGCAGAGCUAUUGCUUCUCUUUUGUAUUGAGUCUCCAGAGCAGAUGCUGUUGCAACAGCAUAUUAUUGGCUAUGUAUUUCUGUGAGGUGGGAUUAAGUUCUCUAUUGAUGCAAGAUGCUCCAGAGCAAAUGUGAAUUGAAAAAGGUGUUGCUAAAGAAGAGUGCACUUAUUUCCAAUUUUAAAGAGUCCAGAUACAGUAUAUCAGACCCUUAUUGGUUAACCAAAGCGGAAUCUUGAAUUUACUUUGAAGAACAGAGAGGGCCCACUGCAGAACGAAAUGGAUUUUCCCCCUCCUAUAUCAAAAUGUUUGAACCUCUCUUUUUAUAAUUUCAACCAUCAUACAAAUAUUUUGAUGUAACUUGAAAAUCGCAACAGAAAUUUAGCAACACAUAUUUGGGUUUUGAUCUCCAUUUUGACAUGCAAAAACUAAUACCUCAAACUCAGCUGCUAAUGUGCCGAAUACAGUUAAAAGAAAGGAGAAAAAAAAUAGCAAGAAAGAAAACGUUAUCACCCGCUCGUGUUCUCCUUUCCUAAGAACUAUAAUCAAAGGGAAGUGAUGCAACAGGCAGUGUGUGAUAUGACUGGCACAGUUUUGUACUCACUUGCUUCAUCACCUCCUUAUUUUUGUAAUUAAACCCAGGGUUGUGCUAGGGACAGAGCAGAGCAUCGUACAGUAUACAGUGUAUUAGGGGAGUGUAUGGCGUCGGGAGGCCAAAGGACAAACAGACAGGCUUCCUGGUAAAGAGAUAAGUCCAGCCCAACUCCCCCCUCCUCACGUUUGCCUGCAGCCUCUACUGCUAAGCUAGCAGCUAACAGAGGGUAGAGCCUCAUUUAUGGAUCAAACCCUGCUUUCUGUGUCAAUACACAGCGGGGGUUUGGACCCGGAUCUUUCAGGAUAGGUUAGGGUAACUCCUCGAGAGAAGGCUGGUCAAGUGGGUCUACCACCAAACAGGAAAUGUCUGUCCUUGUUAGUUUUUUUUUUUUAAUGCAUUUGGGCAAUUUUCCCGUCUUUAAUGAAAAAGUUCUACUUUGCAUCCGAGAGUCAGCUACAUUUAAUGAAAGAAGCAAUUAAAGUUUAUCUGAUUUCCCAAUCGUCAGCACACAUUUGAGUCAUAGAGGGAUCUGCCCUUUCGGCGAACCCUCUAUCCUUUCUCCUGCCAACUAAUCCAACUCAGCAUCCAGUGUUUUUGAAGCAUAAAUGAAGAUAGUCUCUGCAGUGUGCUCUACUACUACACACUUGUGACCCACAUGCAGUUUGUUCUUGGUAACAGUCGGUUGUACCCAGUUGCUUUUGGGAACCAAAGAUGGCUGUGCAGUAGUGGGUCAUACUGUAGCUCAUUUCUUAUUUAGGUUUUUAUUCUAAUUUCUUUCUCAUUUUUUUUAGGACGUUUUUUUCUUGUGUAUUUUUUAAAUUCCGUCACUUCUACCCAGUUUUGCUUAAUUGUCAAGCCCAGUAAACCAAAGAUUGGCCUUGAACAUAAUAUAUUUAUAUAUAUAUAUUUGACAGUGCAGUCAAAACCCAUUAGAACACCAGUGGAAAAUCAACAGGGCUUACACGCACAGACACGCACAGACACGCACACACACACACACACACACACACACACACACACACACACACACACACACACACACACACACACACACACACACACACACACACACACACACACACACACACACACACACACACACACACACACACACACACACACGGCCUCACACUCUCCAUAGCUCAAAAUGGAGGUGCACGCUGGUAGGCACUAGUUCUUGUCUCAAAUAGGUCUGCUGGAAGUUUAAGUGCACAUUUACACAGCAAAAGUAAAACUAAUCCUCUCAUUUGUUUAACGUUUUAAGUCACUCAGUGGUAACCUACUAGCCGAGCAUUUAAAUAUGUCAGGGAGUUAGUACAGAAACUUGAUUAUACACACUAGUGAGAAACGUAUCCUCAUAUUGGCGUGGUGUCGUCGCACCAGUUUUGCACCCUGGACAUUAGUUUUGUGGGUGUGGUGGGUGAGCAUUUUAGAAGUUAAACACUUUGUGAAGAAUUUGCUGUUAAAUAAGAUUUAAAAAAAAAAAAAAAAGAUUAUUUUAUACAUGGCCUGCUGAUUUUUGGUACAGUGUUUUCUAGCUAAAUUAUUUUGUCAUGCACAUAUAAACAUUUAUUAUGCACUACUUUUCUAAAUAUUUUUUCUUUUUCCAACAGUCAUUUUAGGCACAUUUUUCACAAAUGGGAAAACUCCUUUUUGCAAUACCUCAAUUUUUCACAUUGUGAAAGGUAGCUUUUGUACUUUUGUUACUGAGAGAUCUGCAUAUAUGGAAAUGUUCAUUUUAAGAAAAAAAGUUGAGUGAUUUCAAUAUAUAUUAUUUUCAAUUAUGCUUUUUAUACAUUUCAGUGCUGAGGAAACUUUACAACUAAGUGCGCACUUGUGUUGAUGCGACUUCAGAUCUGCCGAGGAGAGACCAAAGUGUAUUGCUCUCUUGGUCUUAGCUUUUCGUACAAUAGAUGUUUCCAGUCAAUCUGGUCAAUAACAGCAUGGCGAGAAUAAAAUAAAAAAAAAUAAAAUAAAAAAGUUAUAAUUUGAAAUUGAUGUUAAUGUCUCUAAACAUGGCUAUACUAGUUGGAAAAUGGUAACUUCUGUCUUGGUUUCCUCUCCAUAGAUUACUAUUAUUAUAAGGAGAAUGCAAAAUUUGGUUCACGCUUAACGCUGAAUCUCGUAUCACAAGAAUGGAUGUUUGGUGUUUAGAUAUUUUAAUAUUUCAAAAAAGUAUAUAUAUAUAUAUUCUUGAACUUGCCAACUAGCACCUAUUGUAAUCCUUAGCAUGCAUGACAAAAAAGAGAAAAUGACAAGUACAUGAACUAGCUAUUAAAACUAAUUGUUGUGGUGUGCACCAAAUGUUUCUCAACUAUUAAGUUGUUAAGGACACCCCAAACCCACUCUCACCUCACCCCCCCCCCUCUCCCCUUCCCACGUGUUGAUCUCCUCGCUUCCCCAUUUGCAGACCUCUGCAGGAUGCACAUGACAGAGAGAUAAGACGAGAAACAAGACAGGAACUUAACUUUAAAUCAAUUUGACAGUGCAGGACUUUGAGCAUCCUUAUAGAACACUGUUUUAAAAGACUUGAGAACUCAUCCCCGCAGUCUGUUGAGGUGAUCUUAUAUAGACCUAUCUGGAGGAAGGGGAGCUUAAAGACUUGAAUGUGGUAAAUGUUGCAAGUUAACUUCAAGUUGUUAUGUGCAAUACUUCUUUUGAACCUUUUUCCAGAUAAAGACUCUUUGCAAUGUAAUUCUUUAAUGCCAUUUUUAAUUGCAGACAUUUAAUUAAAGAAGAUGUUAAUAUGUUUUUCACAGUCAUUUUCUACUGUUAUUGUAAUCCUUUUCAUGCUGGUGUUUGUAAAAAAGAAAAGAAAUCAAACUAUUUGUACUAAUAUAAAUAAUUGAAGUUAUUUUUAAAACAUUAAAGGUUUUGUGCUCAUUUGCUCAUUUCUUUUGUUUAUUUCAAGCUACUGUGAUUGAUUGCAUUGUAAUUAUUAGGUCAACAAUGUAUUUAGCUGUUUAUUGGUAUAUUUUUAAUUGGAAUGUAUAAUUGAUUUUUAUAAUUUUGAUCAGAUUUUUGUUAUAUUUUUGAGGUGAAGCUUUUAAUAUGUUAAAGUGUCUAGUUUUUACUAAUUGCUAUAUUGUGCUCCACAAUAUAUGGUUCACAUUUUCUGAAGGAAAAUAAAUAUUUAAAUAUUUGUCUGUUAACGAUGUUACUUAAUGGCAAGAUUUCAAUAGUUUUUAACUGUGUAUGGGAAGGUUGAUGUAUUUAUUAAUAGCAUUUUUUACUUAAGAUAUCACCUUAAUUUUUAUUGUCAUUUCACUUUAUAAGUUACUAUUUUUGUAUUUUCCUUUCUAAUUAAGUUAUGUAAUACGGAUAUGUCCAUAUUUCUAGGAGUUGGUCUGUAGAAGUGCUAGUGAAACGAAAAAGAAAAAUCUAAUGUUAUUUAAUUGUUUGCAGCCAACUAUUUAUAACAGUAUGCAUAAUUUUUAAAUAUUUGUAAUGUGAAAUGUUGAAUGAAAUAAAUCUUAACUGUGAUGAA